AUGGCUGCGGCUCCAGAGACAUUCGACUACAUCGUCGUUGGCGGCGGCACCUCGGGCCCCGUCGCUGCAAGGCGUCUGGCAGAGUACCUGCCUCACUCGCAAAUCCUGCUGCUCGAGGCAGGGCCGCGCCACGAAAACAUCCUCGCCUCCACCAUGGCCAUGGGCUGGGAGGGCAUCCACCACUCGCGCUGGGACUGGAAGUACACCUCGCAGCCGCUGCGCCACGCCAACCAUCGCCAGAUCCACCUUCCCCGCGGUCGAUUCCUCGGCGGUUCCUCGGGCGCCAACGGCACGCUCAUGAUCCGCGGCGUACGCAACGACUACGACCGCUUCGCCGCCAUGGGCAACGACGGCUGGGGAUGGGACGACGUGCUCCCCUUUUUCAAAGAGUCCGAGACCUUUCAUCCCGACCCGGAACAGCUGCCGUUUGAUCCGGCCGUGCACGGCGACAGAGGCUCGCUCCACACCUCGUUCCAUCCCCUUGCGCCUAUUAGCCAGCGCAUCGUAGACAGCUUCCUCGAAACGGGGCUCGAAUGGAAGCCCAACAUGUUUUACAACGGCGACAACCAGGGCGUCGGCCACGUUCCGCGCACCGUCUACAACGGCACACGCACCAGCGGCGCCGAUUUCGUCUCGGGCCCCAAUCUCCCCUCCAACCUCACGGUGCGCUGCAACGUGCAGGCCACGCGCAUCAUCCUCACCGACGGCGUUGACGGUGCCAAGGUCGCCACUGGGGUCGAGGCGCGCGACGACGAGACGGGUGCGCCGCUGCUCUUCCACGCCAACGCCGAGAUCAUCGUAUCGUGCGGCGCGUACAACACGCCGCAGCUGCUCAUGCUCAGCGGCAUCGGUCCCAAGCACCAGCUUGACCGCUUCAACAUCCGCGUCCAGCACGACGCGCCCGCCGUGGGCGAGAAUCUGCAAGACCACAUCAUCACGUUCAACUUUUUCAACGUCUCCCAACCCCAGCUGACCAACGACCACCUGGUGUUCGACGAGGGUGCGCUGGCAACUGCCAUGGGCAGCUACAUGACCGACAAGUCCGGCCUCAUGGGUCGCUUCCCCUUUGGCGCCUUCGUCUUUCGCCGCUUCGACACCGAGCUCGAGGCGAGUUAUCCCGAGUGGGUCGAGGCCAAACGCCAGGCUGGGGGGAAGGAUCCCGUGGGUGCCGAGAACGGUAUGCCGCACGUCGAGUACUUCUACUCGGAGCUGUACGGUGGAGGGCCGCAGCACGUCCACCAGCCCUCACCGGGCGAGUCGGCAUUCGCGCUCAUCACGCUGUUGUUCAACCCGCAGGCGCGCGGUACAGUGCAGCUCCAGAGCCGCAAUGCGCUGUUUCCACCCGCGAUCGACCAUGCCUACCUCUCUUCCCCACUCGACCUAGCGGUGCUUGCGGAAGCAAACCGCUUCGGCGCGGACACGAUUCUCAACGGCACCGCAACGAAAGACGUCGUUUCGGGCCCAUGGCCAGUCUCGCGCACACUGCCCCGCACGCAGGACGAGUGGAAGGAGUACGUGCGCCAGCAAGCAGGGACAUGCUACCACGCCUCGGGAACCUGUGCGAUGGGUCCAUCGGCCGAACCUUCGCGGGUGCUGCCCAAGGGUGCGGUGGUCGAUCCACGGCUGCGCGUGUAUGGCGUGGCGAAGCUGAGGGUGGCGGACGUGAGCAUCCUGCCGCUCGUCAAUACGGGUCAUACCCAGGCACCGGCGUAUAUGAUCGGCGAGAAGCUGGCGUACAUGGUGGCGCAGGACGCAGGGGCGACGGAGACGCUGCCCGAGCGUCUGAGGUCGGCGGCGAGAAAUAAGCACGACGACGCAGCCACACCCGCCCAUCUGUAG